GGGCUCGAGAUUUGUCCAUGUGCGCACGGCCGGCUACGAGUAGGAGAGGCUGAUCGUCAUGCUGGCCGUCACAGCAAGUGGCAAGAAACUAAAACCGUACGUCAUCUUCAAGCGGAAGACACUACCUCGGAUCCGCGUCCCGCCCGCACCAGCAACAGCCUCUACAGAAGCAGCGACAGAGGCGGAGAUAUCAGCUACCGAAGGUGACGAAGGUCUAGAGAUGCCUGCGGCGGAGGUUCUGGCGGGCCUGGCUGCAUCACGCUGGACUGAUGACUUUGACUGGGACGACAUCACUAGUGACGACGAAGAUGCUGAGGUGUGGCAUGCAGGAGAGGACCACGAUGAGGACGAUGACAGAGACUAGCUAUUGACUUACCUGCUAGGACAUGUAGC